CAAUGCCACAAUAUUUGGUGCAAUUCGCACAAUUUCAUGAUGAAUUCCGUCUCCCCGAAUUCCUGUCACUUGCUCAACUUGCCCGAGUAAAAUACAGCUAUGAAGAAGGAAGCUACAGUCUCGAUAGCCCAUUCUUUAAAGUAGAGCUCGAAUCGGACGAAGCUGCACGCAAGUUGGUGGAAAGAGCCAUUUUGAUCAAGAAUAUUUAUGAGCUCUGGGGAGAGGGAAAGAAUUAUGCUGAGGUGCAUACAAUGGUUAAAGAGAACCCCGAACGUUGGCCAGCAUACAAUGAAAAGUCUUUCAAGUUCUCAGUAUCGGGUUUUGGAUCUACUAUUUCUGUUCCUGAACAGCGCGACAUUAUAAACUCUUUUUCAUUUUUGGCUUUCGAUGGUCCUAUUGACAUGAAGAACCCAGAAGUACAAUUUGGUGUUAUGGAAGAUUAUGGUUCCGAAGCUGGAAAAUUAGGUGCUGUUAAGAAGGAACCCAAGCACAUUUAUUUUGGAAAAUUGGUUGCAACAGGUGGUCGCGAUGUAGUCAAUAAGUAUAACUUAAAAAAGCGAAAGUAUCUCGGCACAACUUCAAUGGACGCAGAACUUUCAUUAGUCAUGGCUAACCAAGCCUUAGCUGCUCCCGGAAAGCUUGUGUACGACCCCUUUGUCGGUACUGGCAGUUUCUUAUUCACAUGUGCCCACUUUGGUGCAUUCACUAUGGGAUCCGAUAUUGACGGUAGACAGAUCAGAGGAAAAAAGAACGAUGGUGUCAAGGCCAACAUUGAACAGUAUAGUCUUCAGGGUCGAGUUCUUGAUUCACUUGUCUUUGAUGUCUGUCACCACCCUUGGAGAACCAAAGCUUGGCUCGAUGCUAUUGUAACUGAAGCUCCGUAUGGUGUUCGUGCUGGUGCAAAGAAGCUUGGUAGAAAGGACGAGACAAAGACACCUCUGAAGAUGCGAACCUAUGAAGGUGAGCCGAUGCACGAGAGAGUAGACUACUAUCCUCCUACAAAACCAUAUGAAAUGUCAGAGGUUCUUAUUGAUCUUCUCAAUUUUGCGGCCGAGCAUCUUCGUGUUGGCGGUAGAUUAGUUUACUGGCUCCCAACAGUUGUAGAUGAAUAUUCAAAUAACGAUGUACCUCAACACCCAUCCAUGAAGCUUUUAUCCAACAGUGAACAAAACUUUGGCCAAUGGUCUCGAAGACUUAUUACUAUGGAAAAAACACGUGAGUGGGAUGCCAAGGAGACAGCGACAGUUGAAAUCAGCGAAGGGGUUGUUAAAGAAGAGGCCCCUGUACCUGAGAAACAAGAACACAAUGAAGAGGAUAAAGAUGAAAAGCGCCCCGGACACUUCUUGUUCCGUGAAAAGUACUUUAACUUUGGACGUCAAGAGACACAAAACUAAAACAUACGUGUGUUUGUGGUGAUUUCAAGACAAUUCUAGUGUUUCUUUUCGCAAAGAUCCCUGUUUUGAUUAUUAUUAUUAUUAUUAUUAUUAUUGG